AUGGCGGAAGUGACAGAGGAGCACUCCAUCCUCCGUGUGACUGACCCUGACCUCGCCGGGGCUCUGCGCGAAUGCCUGGACACUGGUACCGAGGAGGAUGUCAAGUCCGCCAAGAUUGUGUUUGAAGACAGCGACCAGCAUGGUUCCUUCGUGUUCAGGGGGAAGCCAUACCCCCUCAAGGUGCUGAACCUGCCGUGUGUCGCGGAGACCUACAAGACCUACGACGACGUCAAUCUGGUGAAGAGCGGCGACGUGGGCCAGGUGCUGGUGGUGGGGGACGCUGUGCCCCUGGAGGGCCCCCCCGGCGAGUCCCGCGACGGCAUCACCCGCCCCAUGCGCAAUGCGCGGGAGCGCAUCUUCAGGCAGGCGCUGGAUGUGGAGCCGGAGAUCGUGAGCAAGGUGGAGAUGGACCUCCUCACCAUCCUCGCUGGCGGAGCCCCGCCAGGCAUGCAGUUUGUAGACUAUGAAGAGGUCUGGCAAGUAAACCCUGAGACGGGUGUGGGGGAGUGGGUCCCGGCCACAAAGCAAAAGGCCUGA